ACUGACACAUAGUACAUGUCAUGUAGACGGUUGUGACUGUUGGACAGAAGUACUUCACGAAUUCAUGUAGUCACGUUUUUCAUCACUAUUUCUUCCGUGAGGAGUAACUCCGAAAACGAGCUGCCACAAUGGUGAAGGAACAGUUUAGAGAGACAGACGUGGCCAGAAAGAUAAGCCACAUCUGUUUUGGCAUGAAAUCGGCGGAGCAGAUGCGGCAGCAGGCGCACAUUCAGGUGGUCAGUAAGAACCUGUACAGUCAGGACACGAGUCACACUCCGCUGCCAUACGGAGUCCUGGAUCACCGCAUGGGAACGAGUGAAAAAGACCGGCCUUGUGAGACAUGUGGGAAGAACCUGGCUGAUUGUCUGGGACACUAUGGUUAUCUGGACCUAGAGCUGCCCUGUUUCCAUGUGGGAUAUUUUAAAGCCGUCAUUGGAAUCCUACAGAUGAUUUGUAAAACCUGCUCCCAUAUCAUGCUGACCCGUGAGGAGAAGCAGAUGUUUAUGGACUACCUGAGGAGACCAGGGCUGGCCUACUUACAGAAGCGUAGUCUGAAGAAAAAGAUCUCGGACAAAUGCCGCAAGAGAACCAUCUGCUUGAACUGCGAUGCUUUCAAUGGCCCAGUGAAAAAAUGCGGCCUGCUAAAAAUCAUCCAUGAGAAAUAUAAGACGGGUAAAAAAGUAGUGGAUCCAGUGGUGUCAGACUUCCUGCAGUCAUUUGAUAUUGCCAUAGAGCAUAACAAAGAAGUGGAGAAUCUACUAACCAAAGCUCAGGAGAACCUGAAUCCUCUGGUAGUGCUGAACCUGUUCCGAAGGAUUCCAGCUGAGGAUGUUCCAUUGCUUCUGAUGAACCCGGAGGCGGGCAAACCUGCCGACCUCAUCCUGACCCGCCUUCUGGUCCCGCCCCUCUGUAUCCGCCCGUCUGUCAUCAGCGACCUUAAAUCGGGCACUAACGAGGAUGACCUCACCAUGAAACUGACCGAAAUCAUUUUCCUCAAUGACGUCAUCAAAAAGCACCGUAUGUCCGGAGCUAAAACUCAGAUGAUAAUGGAGGACUGGGACUUCCUACAGCUGCAGUGUGCCCUCUACAUCAACAGUGAACUUUCCGGAAUCCCCCUCAACAUGGCCCCCAAGAAAUGGACCAGGGGCUUUGUACAGAGACUGAAGGGCAAACAAGGACGUUUCCGUGGUAACCUGUCGGGAAAGAGAGUGGAUUUCUCCGGACGAACGGUCAUUUCGCCUGACCCCAACUUACGAAUUGAUGAAGUUGCUGUUCCAGUCCAUGUCGCCAAAAUCUUGACCUACCCAGAGAAGGUGAAUAAAGCUAAUAUAGAACUGAUGCGGAAACUUGUGAAAAACGGACCAGACCUUCAUCCUGGGGCUAACUUCAUCCAACAGAGACACACACAAAUGAAAAGGUUUCUGAAAUACGGGAACAGGGAGAAGAUGGCUCAGGAACUGAAGUACGGUGACGUGGUGGAGAGACAUCUGAUCGACGGUGACAUCGUUCUCUUCAACCGCCAGCCCUCCCUACACAAACUCAGCAUCAUGGCCCACAUUGCGAGAGUGAAACCUCACCGGACGUUCCGUUUUAACGAGUGUGUGUGCACACCAUACAAUGCCGACUUUGACGGUGACGAAAUGAAUCUACAUCUGCCCCAGACAGAGGAAGCCAAAGCAGAGGCUCUGGUUUUAAUGGGGACCAAAGCCAAUCUUGUGACCCCGAGAAAUGGCGAACCCCUGAUUGCAGCCAUUCAGGACUUCCUGACAGGUGCCUACCUCCUCACCCUGAAAGACACAUUCUUUGACAGAUCCAAGGCCUGUCAGAUAGUGGCCUCCAUCCUGGUGGGGAAAGAUGAGAAGGUCAAAAUCGCUCUUCCACAUCCUGCCAUUCUCAAGCCCAUGGCUUUGUGGACAGGGAAGCAGAUAUUUAGUCUGAUCCUGAAGCCCGGUAAGGAAUGUCCAGUCAAAGCCAACCUGCGCACUAAAGGAAAACAGUACUGUGGCAAAGGAGAGGACCUGUGUCAGAAUGACUCCUUUGUGGUGAUCCAGAACAGCGAGCUGAUGUGUGGAAGCAUGGACAAGGGAACCUUGGGCUCGGGUUCGAAGAACAACAUCUUCUACAUCCUGCUGAGGGACUGGGGCCAGCUGGAGGCAGCUAACGCCAUGUCAAGACUGGCUCGCCUCGCUCCAGUUUACCUAUCUAACCGAGGUUUCUCCAUCGGCAUCGGAGACGUGACCCCGGGCCAAGGUCUGCUGAAGGCCAAGCAGGACCUCCUGGAUGCGGGUUAUAAAAAAUGUGAUGAGUAUAUCGAGGCUUUGAACACGGGCAAACUCCAACCGCAGCCUGGCUGCACCGCUGAGGAGACACUGGAGGCACUGAUCCUGAGGGAGCUGUCAGUGAUCAGAGACCAUGCGGGCAGUGCCUGUCUCAGAGAACUGGACAAGAGCAACAGUCCUUUAAUCAUGGCCCUGUGUGGCUCCAAAGGUUCAUUCAUUAACAUCUCGCAGAUGAUAGCAUGCGUGGGACAGCAGGCCAUAAGUGGUUCUCGUGUCCCCGAUGGUUUUGAGAACCGUUCCCUUCCUCACUUCGAGAAACACUCUAAGCUGCCUGCGGCCAAAGGCUUUGUAGCAGACAGCUUCUACUCAGGCCUCACCCCCACUGAGUUCUUCUUCCACACCAUGGCUGGACGAGAGGGCCUGGUCGACACCGCGGUCAAAACGGCAGAGACAGGAUACAUGCAGAGGCGUUUGGUGAAGUCACUGGAAGACCUGUGCUCCCAGUAUGACCUGACAGUGCGUAGCUCCACGGGCGACAUUAUCCAGUUCAUCUAUGGCGGUGACGGACUUGACCCUGCGGCCAUGGAGGGAAAGGAUGAACCAUUGGAGUUUAAGAGAGUUCUGGACAACAUCCGGGCGGUGUAUACCUGCCCCAGUGAACCAGCCUUGAGCAGAAACGAACUGGUCAUGACUGCAGAGUCCAUAAUGAAGAGAAACGAUUUCAUCUGCUGUCGAGACACCUUCCUGGAGGAAAUCAAAAAGUUUAUCAAGACCAUCUCUGAGAAAAUCAAGAAGACCAGAGACAAAUACGGCAUCAAUGACAAUGGUAGUACUGAGCCAAAGGUUCUUUACCAGCUAGACAGGAUAACUCCCACCCAGCUGGAGAAGUUUCUGGAAACAUGCAGAGACAAAUACAUGAGGGCUCAGAUGGAGCCCGGUUCUGCCGUGGGAGCCCUCUGUGCCCAGAGUAUUGGGGAACCUGGUACUCAGAUGACCCUGAAGACCUUCCAUUUCGCUGGUGUCGCCUCCAUGAACAUCACCCUGGGAGUGCCUCGCAUCAAAGAGAUCAUCAACGCCUCCAAAAACAUCAGUACCCCCAUCAUUAGUGCUCACUUGGAUGUGGAGGACGAUGCGGACUUUGCCCGUCUGGUAAAGGGAAGAAUUGAGAAGACUCUUUUAGGAGAGAUCUCUGAGUAUAUUGAGGAGGUCUUUCUGCCGGAUGAUUGUUUUAUUCUCAUCAAGCUGUCACUGGAGAGAAUCCGUCUGCUUCGGUUAGAGGUAAACGCAGAGACGGUGCGGUACUCCAUUUGCAUGUCGAAGCUGCGUGUGAAACCAGGGGACAUCGCUGUGCACGGGGAGGCUGUGGUGUGUGUGUCUCCGCGGGAAAACAGCAAGAGCUCCAUGUAUUACGUCCUCCAAUCACUUAAAGAGGACCUCCCAAAGGUGGUGGUUCAGGGCAUCCCAGAGGUGGCCCGUGCUGUCAUUCACAUUGACGAGCAGAGCGGGAAGGAGAAGUUUAAGCUGCUGGUGGAGGGGGAUAAUCUGAGAGCCGUCAUGGCCACACACGGAGUCAACGGCAACCGCACCUCCUCCAAUAACACGUACGAGGUGGAGAAGACCCUGGGUAUUGAGGCAGCAAGGACCACUAUCAUAAAUGAGAUCCAGUACACGAUGGUCAACCACGGCAUGAGUAUCGACCGUAGACAUGUCAUGUUGCUGGCAGACCUCAUGUCGUACAAGGGUGAGAUUCUGGGCAUCACCAGGUUCGGUCUGGCCAAAAUGAAGGAGAGCGUUCUUAUGCUGGCAUCGUUUGAAAAGACGGCGGAUCAUCUUUUCGAUGCUGCCUACUUUGGUCAGAAGGACUCCGUCUGUGGUGUGUCUGAAUGCAUUAUUAUGGGUAUCCCAAUGAACAUUGGAACGGGGCUUUUCAAACUUUUACACAAGGCGGACAAAGACCCCUCUCCCCCUACGCGCCCGCUGCUCUUUGACAAUACUGACCUGCACAUCUCGUUGGUGACCUAGGCCCUCCCCCCAAAACGAUGCUCCAGAGGCCCAGGCUCACCAACGCCUCCCUCAACAUUCUUUGGCAGCUGAGAAGAGCCAGGAUAUUAUGUCGUUAUUUUUAGAGAUGAUUCAUUUAACUUGCUGCUUGGAAUGACACUUGGUGUCAAUUUGGUUUGAAGAGCGUUGUGUUCUUUUCUGUAAAAAGGCAGUGUUCUCUGCGUGGAUGCAAAGAAAGAAACGAUCAGAAAACGCUGUUACCACAGUGACACGGGCCCCUAAUCACUUUGAUGAGGAGAAAUGUGAGACACUUACACUGAGACAUUAGACAUCGAUUUCAUUUUUGAGAUGACCAGAUGUAUUUCAGUUCUACCUCUGAGCUCCUGGUGCCUUUUUCUCUCCUAUUAUAGUUCAACACAUAUUUUCACCACUUUCUUUUGUUCAGCGAGCAGUUAUUGUUUUGAUUUUGCCUGUAAACCCUAUUGUUGUCAUAAUAAUAGAAGGAAAAUAUACAUCUUUAGGAGACUAAAGGUGAUGUGUUUUGACAUUUGCUAUAUUUGUUUUAAUAAAUGGUGAAUGGUGUGAUAUUUUUCAGAAGCAGACAGGUGUGAGUAAUAUGGUCUCUCUCGUCUUCAGAAUGCCUUAAGGAUACGAGGGUGAAAACUUUUCUCUUUGCGUCAGAAUGAAAAGCAUGAAACUGUGUGGGGUUUUUUUUUUCUGUAAAUAUGUAUGAGAUGUGAAUAAAAUGUACAU